GAAACUCUUGACUUUGCCACAUAUGGUUAAGUAACUUUCCAUGUUUUCACAUUUGCUUGAAAUCUAUAUAUAUACACCCACCCCACUUCCAUAUGGUUCUACACAACUACUACACAAUAUUAUUACAUAUAGCCUAAGACAACAAUGAAGCUCUUCUUUUGCCGUCUUUUCAUUGUUGUUCUUCUUCUUCUUCUCCAAUACUAUUCAUUUCCGGCCGCCGCUCAAGAAGUUGAAAAUGAAAGAGAGUUUGAUUAUAACCACCAUGGAGAGAUUGGACCUCAUCGAUGGGGAGAAAUUAAACCCGAAUGGAGUGCAUGCAAUCACGGAUCGAUGCAAUCACCCAUUGAUCUCUUGAAUGAGAGAGUUGAAGUUGUUUCUCAUUUAGGGAGAAUCCACAGAGAAUACAAGCCUUCCAACGCUACCAUAAAAAACAGAGGCCAUGAUAUUAUGUUGAAAUGGGUAGAUGGAGCAGGAACUCUUGAAAUAAAUGGAACUGAAUACGUACUCCAACAGUGCCACUGGCAUUCACCAUCUGAGCAUACCAUCGACGGCAAGAGUUUUGAUUUAGAAGCUCACCUGGUUCAUGAGAGCAAAGAUGGCAAGGUUGCCGUAAUUGGGAUCAUGUACACAAUCGGAAGGCCUGAUACUUUCUUGUCAUCUAUCAUCGAUCAUUUAUCAGUGGUUACUGAUAACGAAGAUGAGGAGAAGGUAAUAGGUGAGGUUAACCCAAGAGAUAUAAAGUUUGGAAGCAGAAAGUAUUACAGAUACAUUGGCUCUCUCACAAUCCCUCCUUGUACUGAAAAUGUUAUCUGGACCAUGGUUAGAAAGGUGAGGACAGUGACUAGAGAACAAGUGAAAUUGCUUCGUGUAGCUGUUCACGAUGAGUCAGAUACAAAUGCAAGACCACUACAGCCUAUAAACAAGCGUUCAGUGCAGCUUUAUAGGCCAAGGGAAAACGAGAAGAAUAGAAAGCUAUUAUAAUUUAAAAAAGAAUAUGUCGCAGAGAUCUCUUAUAAUUAGAUUAAUAUUACUUAUAUAGUUAUAUACAUGGUCUGUCCAAGAAGACUAUUAGCAAGUCUUCUUCAGUGUCCCAUGUAUUUUGUCAGUCACACAUGGUCUCAGAUUCUCCUUCUGGGUGUUUCUCUAUCAUGUACUUCUAUAACUAGUUUCUAUUGUUGUCCAGUACACUGUGUACUGCUUGUUAUCAUGCAUGUAAUGAGUACGAAAUUUAUUCCAGAUUCAUAUUAAAUAAGUACUCUACAUUAAUUCGAAUUUACUAAAUGCAGUGCUAAUGGAAAACAUAAAAGUUAAAGAUA